AUGGACGACUGUGACCGCUGCGAGCACUGCUACAUGCGCCUCACGUCCCCGUGCACCGUGACCAACUACACGGUCGUGGUGGCCCGGCCGCCGUUCUCGGCCUGGGUGCUGUUUCCACCGCCAGAGACCUUCAGCGCCCCCAACAUAACCACCGAGUGCAACCAGUCGCAGGCCCGCAUGUCCUGGGCGCCGCCUCAGAGCCACUUCUCAGACAGCUUUGAGUACGAGCUCCUGACGCAGCAGAUUCCAGGCAGCCCCUCCAAGCCCACCCUGCUCUCCGAGAACUGGUUCCUGCUCCCCAACCCUGGCACCUACUCGGCGCAGAUCAGAGCCAGGCCCAAGCUGAACGGGGUCUGGACGGCCUGGAGCACGCCCCAAACCUUUGUGUGCGACUCCGCGGAGAGCUCCCACGCGCGCCUCUGGCGCACGGCCCUGCCGGUGGCCCUGGGCACCGUGCUCCUCGCGGGGGCAGCCGUUGUCGCCUGCAGAAGGUCCGGACUCCUGACCAGGGUCUUCCCGCGGCUCCCGCCCAUGAAGAACCCCCUGGCCGACGCCCCGCGGGACGGAGAGCUGAUGCCCUGGACGGCCAGCCAGGAGGACUGCCCCGUCAGCGAGGUGCAGCUCGUCGUGGAGGAGAAAUGAGACGGGCCUGGGGGUCCUGCUGCUGCCAGAGGGGCGGGUGCAUGACAGAUGGGGCUGGUGCCCUGAUUUGGAGACGCCAGCUUAGGCGGAGAGUCCCGGGCAAAAGCCUUCAAUGCUGGGAAAAGCAAGCAGCUGCCUUGGGGGCCGAGGCAGGAGGGUCUCCCCGGGCCCACCUAGCCUGGACUGUAGAGCGAGGCCAGGGAGCGUGUGCAUUACACAGCCAGACUCUGCCUCAAAACCACCAAAAUAAAAAGUACAA